AUGAAUUAGGAGGACACUCUUAAUACAAAUCAAAUUCAAUUUAAUUAACUUCUUUUGGAUGCUCAUAGUCAAUUUUAAUUAAGAGAUAUGAAUUAAGCCAUAAAACUAUAUGAAGAAGCUUUAAAUUGUUAAGAAGCAGGGAGAGGUAAAACAAAAACAAAAUAAUAGAUAUUGAUAGAAUGGCUAUAAUUCUAGCUAAUUUGGGAAUUAUUUAUUUUCAUAAUUGCGAUUAUAAAUAAGCAACAGAAAAGCUACUUUAAGCUUUUACUAUGUUAGACAGAAAAAAUGAUUUCAAAUGUGCUUUGCUUAUUAAAAUUUUAGUAAUUAUAGAUUAAAUAUCAAUUUAGGGAAAUUUAGCUAUCAUCAAAUUGAUAACAACUGAAUUUUAAGAGUGUAAAGAUUAUAAUGAUUAAGCAAUUCAAUUAAUUCUUUCAGCGUAAAAUUUUUAUUCAUUUUUAGUUAACCUCCUUUUUAAUAUUAGCUAUAUAAAGAAUUAAUGUACAUUUAUUAUAGGUUUUAAUCAUUUGAAGCUAUGGGAGAUGGCAAUUUUGAAAAUCUAGAAUAAAAGUGUACUGAAAUUUAUUUAUAUAAUUUUUAUAGAUGAUGGAUAAAGUUUAGCUUGUUUUUAUUCCUCAAUGGGAUUAAAUCGUGAGUUGUGUGGAGAUAUGGCCCUUGCUUUUAAAUAUCAUUAAAAAGCAUUAAAAUUAUGGUAUGAACAAAAAGAAAAUGGUUUUAUUGUUAUUACAUUAAGGAGAAUUUUAACUAUUGCAUAAAAUGAAAGAAUGGAUUGCAAAGAUUAUGUUUUAUAAUUGUAAAAAUGUAUGCAAUCACCUGAAUUAAGAGGAAUAAGUCCUGAAAUAUUAUUUAAAGAUUGUGAAAAAAAAUUAUAAUGUGCAAGAGAAGUAUAUAUUUAGAUAAUCUAAAUUUUUAGAUAACAACAUCCCUUUAAAAAUUAGAACAAUAAUUAAAUUAUUAAAAAAACCAAUAAUUAUUAUCAUAGCCUUUAACACUUAAAUAACAAGAUGAAUUUUGGAAACUUGCUUUAAAAUUAAGACUCAAAAGAGCAAUAUAAUAUUGUUAUCAUCAAAUGUCAUAAUAAGAAGUAGAAAAUGCUGCUUUAUUAUCGUAAUCGAUUGCCUAAUUAGAACAUUCUUUAAAACUUUUAGAUUAAUAAUAGCCCUAUGAAAAUUACUUAUAAAAUUUACCAUUUACAAAAGAGUCUGUAAAUAUAAUUAAAUCACAAUUGUUAAAAUUUAAUCGAAUUUGUUUGAAAAUAUAAUUAUAACCCUUCUUAAAUUAUCUUUAUUAUUUAAAACAAGAAAAUGAUCAAGUUUAAUAAACUUAUUAAUAGCCACUAUUUAAUUCCAAAAUUUAAACUAAUUAACCAUUUAAUUAAUAAAUUCAAAAUUCACAAUAUUUAAUAUAAUAAUAGCCAUAGUCUUAAUCUAACAGAUAAAAAUAAGUUGAUUCUAUGAAUUCAUAAUAUAAUUCAUAACAAAGUUAGGUAAAUCAUGAUUAUUAAAAUUAAUUGAAUAUUUAAUCUUAUCAUUCAACAAAUGAUUAAUAAAAUCACAUAGUAAGAGGAUAAAAUCCUACUCAAUUUUAAAAUAAUUAAUAUUAACAAUAUACUAAUCCUUUACAAAGUAAUUCUUCUCAAAAUAAUUAAAUUGAAUAGAAUAAUUUUUAAUAAUAAAAAUAAUAAACAAUUUAUACAAAUAAUUAUGAAUAACAUCCUUUUAAGAAUAGUGGUUAAUUUGGGUCAUAAAAUAUGGGUUAUCAAGGAAAUAAUUAGCCAAAAGCUUCAACUUAAUAAUAAUAGCAAUAAUAUUCAUAAUAAUAAUUAUAUUAAUAACAAUAAUAGUAAUAGUAAUAAUAACAAUAACCAUCAUCAUAAUAAGCAAAUCUAAAAUUUUCAAAAUCUUAAUCAAAUUCAUCUUAAAUAAAAUAGGGAUAGAAUAUGACUGUUUCUAUAACAAAAUCCCAAAAAUUAAAGAAUGUUAGUCUUCUUAAUGCUGCCUUUAGAACAGUAAUGUUAGGUGAUUAAUUAACAAAGUGUAAUAAGUCUUCAAAUGGAAGAAUUGAAAGAUUUUUUAUUUUAGCAAAUGAUGGUACAUUUAGAUGGGCUUAAAAUAGUAAACAAAUUAAUGAUCCAAAAUCUGUAAAUUCUUAUUUAGUUUCUGAUAUUAGAGGCUUAUUUUAUGGUAAGGUAACAGAUGUACUUAGAAAAUCUUACAAUGAUAAAUUAGAACCUUGGCUUUGCUUUUCUUUGAUUAUGAAAACUAGAUCUAUGGAUUUUUAUGUAUAACCUUUAUAAGUAUGAAUAUUUAUUAAUUACACUAGAUUAAUGCAUGGGUUUUUGCUAUGUCUGAAGAAAUCAAAAGAAGAAAUUCUUCAGCUUUUGUUAUUACUCCUGGAAAAAUGUUAUGGAGAAAAAUAAAAAUUAUACUCCAUUAUUAUUUUGUAGAUAGAAAGAAAGAAAAGGAAAAAGGAGGAAAUAAAAAAAAAAAACAACCUUCAAAUACUUUUGUGCAUUUAUUGGCAUUGUAUUCUAGAAAUCAAUACAAAUUACCUUAAAUAUAAUGA